GAUAAUAAUUGUUAAUGGUUAAUUUUCAAGAGUUCCUGAGCUGCCUGGGCUAAAUCAAAUAGAUGGAGAUACCUUUUUAUUAUAGGAGUUAAUUCAAAAUCAAGGAAAACUUUAUUAAUCCGAAUAGCAAGCAUUUUGAUCAGAUUGCUUAAAAACUCUUAUCAGAAGACAAUAAAGGAUUGAAAAGAAAAUGGGAUAAGCAAUGCAAGAUGUUAUUUAUUUGGGUUAUUGUCAAAUACUUCUAAGUUAAAAAUAAAAAAACUAUCAAUCCAGAUUCAGAAGAGUGGGUGGAAUUAUCAGAAAUCUUUAAUUUUGACGAAGUCACUCUGAAAUAAAGGUGGAUUACAUUAAUAAACCCUAUGGCAAAGAGUUUGAAUUGGGAAACAGAAGAGGAUGAUAUAAUAAGAUCAUUGAUGAUAUAAUAGGAGGAAAAACACAUUUGGACAUAAAUUGCUUUAGAGCUUUACAAUCAUAACAAUGGAUAAUAUGUUAGAACACCUAAAUAAGUCAGAGAAAGAUGGAUGAAUUAUUUAAAUCCUAAAUUAAACAAAUCUAGUUGGACUGAUUAGGAGGAUAAUUAAUUGUUGUAAUUAGUCGUUACUAAUGGUAAGAGAUGGUCAAUGAUUUCUACCUUAUUGUAGGGGAGAACCGAAAAUUAAGUGAAAAACAGAUUUAAGAGUCUUAUUCAUAAAAUUUAUAAGGAGGAAGAUGAUGAUGACAUUGAAGAAUUGGCAGCCAUUAAAUAAUAUUUAGCUAAAUAAGCUGGUGGUGAAAGUAAUUAAGACAACUUCCUACCUAAAUAAACUAAAAAUGAAAACAAUGUAAAUUAUGAAGAAUCACAAUCAAAUAGUCAUAUCAAAUAAAAAUCAAAAAAAAUGCCAUAAACAAAAAAUGGAGAACAAUAGAAAUAGUAAAUUUAAAUUAAAAAGAAAAAAGUAAAGGUUAUUGAGAAUUUGUAAGUAAAGUAAGAAACUGAUGAAAAAUUGCAAUCUUAAAUUCAAUCACUCAAUCAAUAAUUUUGUUUAUCCACCUACGGAAAUUGUGAUACACAAAGUUAAGAGAAUAGAAAAGGUAUUUCAAGUUCUCAUUCUUAAGGAUCCUUAAUCAAUCAAGAAUUUGAAUGCAAAUCCUAAUAAUAAAUUUAAUCCUAAUCCAAAGGUUCAAUUCAAUCUCCUUCUUACAUGGGAUAAACUUCUAUUAAAGACCCUAUACCUUAAUAUAAUGGAUUUAGACCAUAUACAAAUGAUGCAUGCAAUGAUAUUUUUUAAUAAACACCUUGCCAAAUUAAUAGAUUGGGAUUUGGGCUCAAAUAACAUUAAUAUCCUUUCUAAUAGUUAUCUCCAUUUUAAUAAUAGAUUUAAUAAACACCAAUUGUGUAUACUCCUCUUUAUUUAUAUAAUUCACAAUUCAUUUCCUAAUCUCCUUAUAAAAGCCCAAUUUUAUCACCACAUAUUUGGAUGCAAUAAUAAUAAUAGUUUCAAUAAUAAUAUGAGAUUGAAAUACAGAAUGAAUAAUAAAAAUAAGAAUAGUUUAAUAAUAAAUUAGAGUUUCUAUAAGGAUAAGAUUUGGUUUCUAGAUGGAAAAAUAAGAGAGUCUAAGAAAAAUAGAACCAGUAAGAAUUAAACAAAAUUAUAGAUCAGUGA